GAAUAUAUUUAAUGCUUUUUUCUCUGUUACAUCCUUUGAUUGAGCUGAUGCUCUUCUUAUCCAUGCCUUACUUGAAUGGAUGUUUCAACUUUUGAUCUUCUUUUACCCAUUUGAUUUCCGGCUGGAGCAUUGUCAUAGUGUGAUAUCAUGGUCUAUACUGAGUCCAGGUUUUCACAUCUUUCAUACUCUACCGUUGGCCAUGGCAGGACGGAUUCCCCAACAAUUAUCGAUAAUGCUUUCACUCCUGUAUCUGGAAUUGGAAUUGCCAUUCCCUAUCCCGUUCUGCAACGAACAUUCCUGUUCGACGCCACGCCCCCACCAAGUCCAGUGUAUCAAAAAUUCAAAUAUCCCUCAUCUGUCCCUCCAUCGACACCACAGGGAAAAAAAGAUCUUAUAAACUUUGAUAAACUUCCAGAAUGGAGUCAGGAUAAUCCUCACAUUCACUCCGGAUAUCGACAAAUAUCACAUUCUACUUCCACUUGUUUAUACUCCUGUUUCCAAAUCCAUAAUGAAACUUUCAAUAUAUGGUCUCAUUUCAUUCCUUGUAUCUUAUUCAUUAUUCUUGAAGGCAUCAUUAUGUAUUAUCUCAAUACACGUUACCCUAAUGCUACGAUCAAAGAUUAUAUCGUCUUCUCAUUUUUCAUUCUCUGCGCAACGAUAUGUCUAGGCAUCUCGUCAAUUUUUCACUCUCUCAUUUCACAUUCUCAAAAGGGUCACGAUUUGUGGUUAAAACUCGAUUAUGUGGGAAUUGUCUUUCUCAUAAUUGGAUGCUUUAUUUCAGCUGUAUAUAUGUCUUUCUUCUGUCAACAAACUUUACAAUAUGCUUAUUGUGGAAUGGUAAGCUACCUCUCUCUUUUUCAUUUCUGUAUACUUAUGAAAUGUAUAGAUUUUAACAAUGUCGAGCACGGCAUUAGUUUUUCUCCUCCUACCAACUUUUCAAGGUCAUCGAUGGCGUUCUUUCCGUGUAGUAGCUUUCUGUGCAACAGCUGUUUCGGUUCUUAUUCCUUUCGUUCAUACAAUAGCACAGUCUGGAUGGAACAAGGCCAUGGAACAAUCGGGUAUGCCGUAUUAUUUCGCAGAAGCAUUACUGCUUUUGGUCGGGGUCGUUUGUUUUGCUGUAUGUUUUCACCUUCCCUGUCUUGAAACUGGAAGUUGAGAAAACUAAUGGGUAAAUAGAAACGAUGGCCAGAAUCGUGGAUUCCAGGUAGCUUUGAUCUAUUGGGUAAUUCGCAUCAGAUAUUUCAUCUACUGGUUGUGUUGGCUCUGGUGUUGCAUUUGGUGGGACUUUUACAGGCGUUCGAUUAUAAUUAUGUGAAAGGGGAAUGUAGAGGGACUAGUUCAUAAGAUGGGUCUGAUAUAUGGAGUUAUGGGAUGGUGGGAAAGGAGAGGGUUUGUAUCAUAACGUUAGUGUUAUAUGUAUAUGGGCUUUGAAACGGUUGGGAAAUGGGAUAGGGAUGUACAAAUAGGGAUCGAUGGGUUUGGGCUGUGCUUUUUGCAUCAGGAAUUUAUGAUGCUAAUGUUGAUGCGAAUGUAUGAUGAAUGGUACGAUUGGAAUAUAGCCUUGGGUAUGGAUGGAUGUAUAUUGGAUUGGGUUGGGUUGGGUUGGGUUGGAAAAGACAGAGUACAAAUUACAUCCCCUCGAGGGAUAUUAUUUGUGAUUCACGAGGAUUGGAGAUGGAGGAACAUGGGAAUGAGGCUGAGAAUGGAGAAGUUGAUGCA